AUGAAUCAUGAAAGAUUACCUCUCGUUACAUCGAAUGUAGAUAAUAGUUAUUAUGCUGGUAAUGAAAGAUCAACCGAUGACUCGGGUACAAAUGGAAGAACACGUCGUAUUUUACAUGGUUUAACAAUAAUCUCUGUUCUUAUUGCUGCUAGUUUUACAAUAUAUGGAUGUGUUGUAGCUGAAUCAGCUGCUAUUCUAUUACCAUUUCUUAUUCUAUCAAGUUGGAUUUUCAUACAUUGUUGUCUUCUAUUCUUUGGACAAAAAGAACAUCAUGAUUUUCAUCCACCAGAAUGGUUUAUAUUUAUUACAAGUGGACAUAUAAUUCUACAAUCACUAAUUGUUAUUAUGUUAACAUUAUUUAAAAAAUCAUAA